AUCUUCUCCCGAACUGCAGGGUGACAACAGGUCGUAGAAUAAUAUGGUGCGACCGGGGGAUAAAAAUGUAAAAGCAGUCAAGCAGAAGCGAGUCGCUGACCUUCUCUUUGGUUCGAGUAGUGGGUCUGAAACCUCCAGUGUAGCCUCUGAUGUAACCUCUACUUCAAGCGACCUAGUAAAGAGUGUGCGACGCAAACGCCAAUCUUCCUUGGAGCCCGAACCAGCGAUGAAAAGGUUUAAAUCCGCAGGAGCAAAGAACCUUACCGAGCAACUUCGCGAGCAUGAGCGGUUUUGGCUAGCAGACGGAAAUGCUAUCAUUGAACUUGACGGCAUAUUAUUCAGGGUGCAUAAAUCAUGGCUCUCCCAGCAUUCAAAACACAUUGCAGCCUCACUCCACGACAAGGGAAAAAGUGGUGACAAAUUUGAACGAAUUAAACUCGAUCUUCGUGGCAAACUCAAAGCAAUAGAUUUCGAGACGCUGCUGUUGUUUUAUGACAACCCGGGGGAUUAUCGCUAUGCUAACGAGCCUCGCACCCUAAUGUCCUUAAUUCGCGCAGCGACAGGCCUUGGUUUUGACUCCGACCGUGUAUGGCUCGUGAAGGAGUUGGAAACGCUUUGGCCUUCUAGCCUGGAAGAGCUAACCGCGAACCUAGAGCCGCACCUCGAUGCUCCGAAGGUAGCUGUCCUCGCACGGAUGUGCAACAUUGAUGGGCUGUUGAAGCCUGCAUUCUACAAUAUGGCAAGGAUGGCUGGGUUCGGUCUGAACGAGCUCGAGGAAUCAGAGCAAAUCGGCCAUGCGGAUAUGUUGCGCCUUAUACGGAUAAGAGAGUAUCUAAGUGACAUGUGGGUGCAGGCAGCGGCACGCGAGGAUCCUGCCUUCGUUUGCCGAAACCUCCAGCGCGCGCCAUCAAGUGAUAGUGAAGGGACGCCAACUCCUUCUGAACAAGCUGAUGAGAAGCCUGCACUCAGCUUUAUCGCCUCUGCUAGUGUGGCUAGCACAUGCCUUUCAUUCACUGCAAGACACGAGGCGUGGGCUCGAUUGGUAUAUGACUGAGGCAUUUUCACUCAAUAUCGGUAUGACCCACUGCGUGGACUGACAGCGUUGAUAAACAUUAAGUGGACGAAUGAUUGGUGCAAAGAUUGUAAGGAGAAACAGAAGGCGGAUUGGCAUAUAAUGCAGAGGAGCAUCUGGGAGAAGGUUGACGAGUAUUUGAGGGAAGAUCGAUAGGUGUUUUGCUCGGAUAAGUAUUCCCGCCGUUAUGUAUCGCUCGAGUUGUGCUAGAAUUGACUGAUGCUACACCGGAACCAUCAGAAUCGAAAGGGGUUUUGGACGAAUGUUCAAGCUUUCAAGGCGAACUAAGG